AUGAUGUCGUCCGAGAGAAACAAAUCCGGUGGAGCAUCAGUCAUCCGGAGUAGUUUUCAGCGAUCAAUUUCACCGUCCGGUAGGUUUUGUUCCUCCACAAUCUCAUCGUCUUCCUCUGCUUUUACUUCUUCCAUGUCUGGUUUCUCUUCCUCGACCAGAUCAACGUCGCCUUCGAGAAUCAGCGUUCGUUCCGGUUACACGUCAUCAUCCCCGUCGGUUCGGUUUUUGAUCGGUCAUCGUCACUCGUCUCCUGGCCGUUCGGUUGCGGCGUCGUCGUCGCCGAGAAACGUGAAUCGGCGUUGUGAUCGUAAUAACAAUACGAAUAAGGCGUGGAGUCAUGGAUCGAAGAAGACGUGUCUCUGCUCGCCGACGACGCAUCCUGGAUCGUUUCGGUGUAGUUUGCACAAGAACUCGAGUACAAGAAAUGGUAACGGUAGUCACGACAGUAUGGCGUCGUAUCACUCGCACAGAUUGUACGCUCGGAGAUCGGCGAUGACGAAUUCGCUUGUGAGAAUCGGGACUGUGGAAGGUGAUCUGGUGAAGAGAGCGUUGGCGGCAUUGAUUCGUCCCUCGUCGCACCAGCAGAGACGGCGGAGUGACUUCCAACCAAGGCCUAGUCGGCUCUCCGUUAUGUCCAAAGCCGGUGAUUGA